UAGAGACUUUCUCUUUUUCCAUUCCCACAUGGACAGUGGUUGGAUAAGGACGAGAGUGAAGGCUGCCUAUUGGCUUAAGGGUCACGCAUGUGACACCUGAUUCCAGGAGCCAGCUCUCUGGCUUAUCACUGCAUCCUGCACAGCUUUACAGGAGAACAUCUGAGCCUGGAGUUAAAAACAACAUGAGCUUCACUAUAGAGGAGAAAGGAAAACCAAACACACUGGACUACAGAGUCUACUUCAAGAACUCAGAUGGGAAAUACAUUUCUCCAUUCCACGACAUCCCCCUGUAUGCAGAUGAGGCAAAAAAUAUUUUCCAUGCGGUUGUGGAGGUUCCCAGAUGGACCAAUGCAAAAAUGGAGAUUGCAACCAAAGACCCCCUGAAUCCUCUAAAGCAGGAUGUGAAGAAAGGAAACCUGCGUUAUGUGUGUAACGUAUUUCCUCAUAAAGGCUACAUCUGGAACUAUGGAGCUAUACCUCAGACUUGGGAGGAUCCAGGACACAAGGACGAAGACACAGGAUGCUGCGGGGACAAUGACCCUAUUGACAUCUGUGACAUUGGAAACAAGGUGUGCUCUCGUGGUGAAGUCAUCCGUGUGAAAGUGCUGGGGACGCUGGCACUGAUAGACGAGGGGGAAACAGACUGGAAAGUCAUCGUCAUUAACGUCGAAGACCCUGAGGCUGAAGACUUUAAUGAUAUUGAUGAUGUGAGGAGGCUGAAACCAGGCUAUCUGGAGGCCACAGUGGACUGGUUUAAAAUGUACAAAGUACCAGACGGAAAACCGGAGAACCAGUUUGCCUUCAAUGGGGAAUUCAAGAACAGGGACUUUGCCAUUAAGACUGUGAAAGACACACAUGGAUACUGGCAAGCUCUGAUUAUGAAAAAUACUGAAGCUGGGGAACUCAACUGCAUGAACACCUGUGUCACAGAUAGCCCAUUCGUCUGCUCCAGCAAUGACGCCAAAGCCAUCGUGGACUCAGCAAGUGCAUAUGGUGAAGCAGAACCUAUCCCCAGCACAGCUGACAAAUGGUACUACUACAGCAAGUAGCCGUUGAGGAGCAGUGGUUGACAGAUUAAUAAAUGAUUUCAACUUUA